AGCAGGUACUUCUCCAAGCAAGAAACAAAACCAGUGGGGCAAAGACCCCACUUCCACUGGACACGUCAUUCAGCCACUACAGUAUGUCGGACCAAAGCGUUCUCCAUAGCUCUACAGCUGUGAACCAGAGCACGGGACGGGACAUCAGACUUUUUUCAUCUCCAGAAGAAGACAGCAGUCUGUAUUUCACUUACAGUGGUGGACGCAAUGAACUGGAAGUUCAUAAUCUCAGCUAUGAGGUGGACACAGCAGCCCAGAUUCCCUGGUAUGAGAGGCUGUCAGAGUUUAAGAUGCCUUGGGAGAUGCAAAGCAACAAGCAAACAGCCAUUAAGGAUUUAAACCUACGUGUACACAGUGGCCAGAUGCUUGCUGUAAUUGGCAGCUCAGGUUGUGGCAAGACUUCCUUACUGGACAUCAUAACGUGUCGAGACGAGGGCGGCACUGUGAAAUCAGGAGAGAUUUUGAUCAAUAAGAAACCUUGCACGCGCUCCCUGGUAAAGAAAAACAUCGCUCACGUGCGGCAGGAUGAUCGUUUGUUACCGCAUCUCACAGUAAGAGAGACGCUCGCUUUUGUGGCACAACUGCGGCUGCCCUCACACUUCACUCAGGAGCAGAGAGAUCAAAGGGUGGAUGAUGUCAUUGCAGAGUUGCGUCUGAGGCAGUGUGCACACACGCGGGUGGGGAAUGAGUAUGUGAGGGGGGUGUCAGGGGGUGAGAGAAGAAGAGUUAGCAUUGCUGUACAGCUACUCUGGAAUCCUGGUAUUCUCAUUCUAGAUGAGCCUACCUCAGGUCUAGACAGCUUUACAGCCCAUAAUUUGGUCAUUACAUUGUCCCGUCUGGCUCGAGGGAAUCGUCUGGUCUUGCUCUCCGUCCAUCAGCCCCGUUCAGAUAUCUUUCAGCUCUUUGAUCUGGUAGUGCUCUUGUCAUCCGGUUCAGCAGUGUACUGCGGUCAGGCCAAAGACAUGGUACCCUACUUUACUGCUCUUGGAUACCCCUGUCCACGGUUGUGCAACCCUUCUGACUACUAUGUGGACUUGAUAAGCAUUGAUCGACGCAAUCCCGAAAUAGAAGCAGCGUGUUUGGAGAAAACCAGAACUUUAGCAGCACAGUUUGUGGAGAAGGUAAACAACACAGAGGAUUUCAUGUGGAAAUCAGAAGAUUGUGGUCCACAGCUGGACGUUCCUCAAAGCGUCACCUCCAUAUCACAGAUGGAUGCAGUGAUCACAGUGUCCAAGCAGAAGGACCAACUGCCGGGUAAACUUCACCAAUUCACAGUCCUGAUCAAACGGCAGGUCUUUAAUGACUAUCGUGAUCUGGUGACGCUGAUGGUUCAUGGUUUUGAAGCGCUGCUGAUGUCACUGCUCAUUGGUUUUCUUUAUUACGGGGCUGGAGACCAGAGUUUAUCUGUACAAGAUACCGUGGCCUUGCUUUACAUGAUGGGGGCCCUGACACCCUUUGCUGUGGUGCUGGAUGUCAUAGCAAAGUGUCAUUCAGAAAGAGCCAUGCUUUAUCAUGAACUGGAGGAUGGGAUGUACUCAGUCACCUCAUACUUUUUUGCCAAGGUCCUCGGCGAGCUUCCAGAGCACUGUGUUUUUACCCUGGUAUACGGUUUGCCCAUCUACUGGCUGGCUGGGCUCAAUUAUGCUCCUGAUCGUUUUUUUCUCAACUUCCUGUUGGUGUGGCUGAUAGUGUACUGCAGUCGCUGCAUGGCACUAUUUGUGGCAGCAGCCCUGCCAACAUUGCAGACGUCUUCCUUUAUGGGCAACGCCUUCUUUACUGUCUUCUACCUGACUGCAGGCUUUGUCAUAAGUCUAGACAACAUGUGGCUGGUGGCGUCCUGGUUUUCCUACAUCUCCUUCAUGCGCUGGGGUUUUGAUGGAAUGCUGCAGGUUCAGUUUCAUGGAGUCAAAAUCCCAGUUUCAAUUGGAAACGUGACUGUAGAAUUAGAUGGUAUUAAAGUGGUGGAGAUGAUGAAAAUGAACCAGUAUCCACUUUAUUCCUGCUUCCUGGUGCUUAUUGCUGUUGCUUUUGUUUUCAUGUUGCUCUAUUUUGUGUCACUCAAAUAUAUUAAACAAAAAUCCAGUCAGGAUUGGUAAGAAACAGCUCACAUUAAAGGGACACUUCACCUUUUUUUGAAAAUAUGCUCAUUUUCCAGCUCCACUAGAGUUAAACUGAUUUUUACAAUUUUGGAAUCCAUUCAGCUGAUCUCUGGGUCUGGCAGUACCACCUUUAGCAUAGCUUAGCAUAAUCCAUUGAAACUGAUUAGACCAUUAGCAUCGUGCUAAAAAAGAACCAUAGCUUUGAUAUUUUUUCCUAUUUAAAAUUUGACUCUUCUGUAGCUACAUCAUGUAAAAGACCGAUAUGGCUAGGAACUAUUCUCAGUCGGGCGUAAUAAUCAAGGACUUUGCUGCCGUAAUAUGGCUGCAGGAGGUGCAAUGAAAAAAUAGUCCCUUUAGUAACUUUCAAUAGCAGGGAACUAUUUUCGGGCACUUCGUAAUAUCAUUGCACCUCCUGCAGCCAUUUUACGGCAGCAAAGUCCUUGAUUAUUACGCCAGAAUGAGAGUAUAGUUCCUAGACAUAUCGGCCUGGAAAAUCGCAAAUUUUAAUUUUCCGUCUGUUUUACUCGUACUACAAGAUGUAACUACAGAAGAGUCAAGUUUUAAAUAGGAAAAAUAUCGAAACUCUUUGGUUAUUCUUGAACGCGAUGCUAAUGGUCUAAUCAGAUUCAAUGGAUUAUGCUAAGUUAUGCUAAAAGUGGUACAGCCAGACCCGAAGAUCAGCUGAAUGGAUUCCAAAACGGUAAAAAACAAAUGUUUAACCAUAGGGGAGCUGGGGAAAACGAGAAUAUUUUCAAAAAAGAACUGUAGACUUCAAAAACAGCUUAAGUUUGUGUGUUAAUGGGGCUACAAUUCGACUUGGCAUUCAAGAUUGGAGAGACAGGGGACAUGUGCGAAUAAUGCAUUUCCCACUGUGUCACAUAUACUUGGACAGAGAGAUUAAGUUUGACUAAACAAAUAUUAUAAUAGACAGUACAAAUGUACUUUUUUCCAAUCAAACAUCUUUCUCUCUCUCUCUCAUGAUGUUGCUGAGCAUUGUCUUGAGCGAGAGAGUUUGGGGAAGGACUCUGAUCACACAGUCUGGACUGUGAAUGAGUCUUCAGUAAAUCACCUGUAAAUUAUGGGGCUCAUUGCACUACCACUGUCUGCCGCUGGAUGGCAGCAAUGUACAAUGUUUCUUUGCACUUCUAAGUUUUCUAAGCAUCAUUAAAUUGUUUCUUUUUGACA